GAUGAUUUGCUUUUUAUGCAUCCUUUAGUUGAACAGACGGAACCAACACCACAACACAUUGUGAAGAAGAAACAAAAAGCAAUGGCUUCACAAACCAAACUCAAGAAACCUAAUUCUCAUUUUAGCCUUUGUACUUUCCUCUUCUUCACCGUCCUCUUUACCAUCCCGGCUCUCUUCCUCCUCCGCACCUCCUCCUCUUGCUCCUCCUCUACCGGCGCAGUCUCCUCCUCCUAUGAUACAUACCAGCCACCGUGGUCUGGCGACCUUCAAACCGCCCAGUUUGCCUGGAACCGCCUUGCUUUCUCCUUAACCAACCCUCCUCCCAAAUCCCUAAAACUCGCUGUUUUCUCCCGGAAAUGGCCUACCGGCCCCAAUCCGGGCGGCAUGGAACGCCAUGCCUUCACUCUCUACACUGCUUUAGCCCGCCGUGGACACCGUGUCCACGUUUUCACCUCUCCUUUAGACCAUUCCCCUGAAACCAACAUAAUCACUCCGGUUUCUGACCAAAUCUUAUACCCUAUCAUCCAUUCUCACGGGGACGCUGAGCCUGGAAAAUGGCGGUACAAUAAAGCAUGGGAGCUUUACCAAGAAGAAAACAAGAAAGAGCCUUUUGAUGCGGUUCACUCCGAAAGCGUGGCUUUACCUCACUGGAUCGCCAGGGAAGUUCCAAACCUAGCCGUCUCAUGGCACGGCAUUGCGCUAGAGAGCUUACAAUCAAGCAUUUACCAAGACCUGAUCCGUAAACCAGACGAACCAAGAUCUCAAGGCUUCAAUGCAAGCCUAUACGGUGCCGUGAUUCCCAAGAUACUAGACGAAAUCAGAUUCUUCCACAACUAUGCUCACCACAUCGCUAUCAGUGAUAGCUGCGGAGAAAUGCUAAGAGACGUUUAUCAAAUCCCUGAGAAAAGGGUUCACGUGAUCCUCAACGGAGUUGACGAACACGGAUUCACAUCAGACAAGAAGCAACGUUCUCUGUUUAGGUCAAAAUUAGGGUUAUCGGAAAAUUCAUCGGCGAUUGUUUUAGGAGCCGCCGGGAGAUUAGUCAAAGACAAAGGACAUCCAUUGCUAUUCGAAGCUUUCUCAAAACUACUCGAAACACAUUCUAAUGUUUACCUUGUAGUAGCUGGAUCAGGGCCAUGGGAACAACGUUACAAGGAACUAGGAGAAAAGGUUUCCAUUUUGGGAUCUCUAAACCCAAAUGAGCUCAAGGGUUUCUACAACGGGAUCGAUUUGUUCGUGAAUCCAACGCUUAGACCACAAGGACUUGAUUUGACGUUAAUGGAAUCGAUGUUGAGUGGCAAACCAGUGAUGGCGUCGAGGUACGCAAGCAUAAAGAGGAGCAUAGUGGUGAAUGAUGAGUUUGGGUUUAUGUUUGCGCCAAACGUGGAAGCUUUGACGGCGGUUAUGGAAGUUGCCGUGGCGGAAGGAGCGGAGAGAUUGGCGGAGAGAGGGAGAAAGUGUAAAGAGUAUGCGGCGGAGAUGUUUACGGCGAGUAAGAUGGCUUUGGCUUACGAGAGGCUUUUUCUUUGUAUUAACGAUCAGAGAUUUUGUAUCUACCCUUAAUUAGUAAUUCAUACUCCAGUAUAUUUAUUUUAUCAACCGUAUAAAUUAUAGUUUUGGUUGCAUUA